GCGUACUGAGGUCUUCCCAUGUCCGGAGUCGCAGAUGUGAUGACUUCAUUGCCGCGCUAUAUUUGAGAGGAAUGGAAACACUUUUUUACUCCAUCUGAAAAGAUACCAACAUGGCUUUCAACUUCGGGGGUGGCGGAGGCGGAUUCACUUUCGGAACCCCUAAAACAACCGGUGCAGCCGCUCCGCUCGCCACUGGCUUCGGCCUCCAGACCAGUGCCCCAGCCAGCGGAGGAUUCACAUUCGGGACUCCCACGCAGCCUCAGGCCCAACCGCAACACCAACUUCAACCCCAACACCAACCACAGACCUCUGCACCUCAACUCACCAGCCUCCUGACACAGCCCACCCCAGGGAAUGGCGGCACUGCAGCCACAGGAGGGUUCUCCUUUGGUACCCCCGCACAGGCCAGCACAACUGGAGGAGGAUUUUCAUUUGGGGGCGGCUCAGGACUUCUUGGCGCAUCUACUCCAAAACUUGGCCUAAGCCUGCCAACGGCCUCCCAGCCUGCCACCACGGGUGUGUCCCUGGGUGGUCUGCCAGCAUCCACCGCUGGGUCAGGCUUCUCCUUUGGAGGGCUCGCCACCCAGACCAUGGCCCCCGCUGCUCAGACCAUGGCCCAACAACAGCCCCUGGCUGCGGCUCAGCAACCCCCCGCGGGGUUCAGCUUCGGCGCUCCCAAGAUCCAGGCCACCACAGCUGCUCCUGCUCAGGGCACUCCCUCUCUGAUGCUGGGGGGAGCCACAGGUCUUACUCUUGGUGGUGCUGCACCAGCUGCCACAGCUGCAGCUCCAGCAGCCACAACCCAAGGAGGAGGAUUCCCCUUCGGGAUCAAACCCGCAGCUACUCCAGCCCCUGUUGCUUCCUCAGCUGCUGCCAUCAGUCUGGCCACUAGCCUGGCCGCGCCAGCUUCCGGGGCCUCCCUCUUCGCCACCCCCAUCGCAUCCGCUCCCGCUACAGGCUUUUCAUUGGGAGCUGUGACGACGUCUGCAGCCCCUCCGGCCUCCACCGCAGCCAGCAUGGGCACGGGACUGACCCUCAAACUGGGCGCUGUUGCUGCCGCCGCCGCCACCACCGCUGCUGCUGCCACAGCCACCCUCACCUCAGCAGCCCCCUCAGGCUUUGCUCUCGGUCUAAAGCCAACAGCCUCCGCAGCUCCGCAGCUUGGAACGACGGUCACCACGGCAGCUCUGACGACAGUUGCAGCUCCAGUGAGCACGGCCCCUGUGAUGACGUAUGCCCAGCUGGAGGGCCUGAUCAAUAAGUGGAGCUCCGAGCUGGAAGACCAGGAGCGUCACUUCCUCCAGCAGGCUACGCAGGUUAACGCCUGGGACCGCAUGCUGGUGGAGAACGGAGAGAGAAUCACGUCUCUGCACAAAGACAUGGAGAAGGUGAAACUGGAUCAGAGGAGGCUGGACCAGGAGCUAGAUUUCAUCCUCUCCCAGCAGAAGGAGCUAGAGGACCUGUUGGGUCCCCUGGAGGAGUCUGUGAAGGAACAGAGCGGAACCAUCUACAUGCAGAACGCAGAUGAGGAACGGGAGAGAACGUACAAACUAGCAGAGAAUGUGGACGCCCAGCUGAAAAGGAUGUCCCAGGACCUGAAGGAAAUCAUUGAACAUCUCAACACCUCCAGCGGACCUGGGGAAUCCACCGACCCACUCCAGCAGAUUUGCAAAAUCCUGAAUGCACACAUGGACUCCCUCCAGUGGGUGGAGCAGAACUCAGUCUUACUACAGCGACGGGUGGAGGAAGUAUCAAAGUUGUGUGAAAGUCGAAGCAAAGAGCAAGAGAAGAGUUUUCGUCUUAAUUUCCAGUAAUUUUGUUUUUCUGACCAUGCAUAGUGGUAGCUGUUAAAAUCUGAUUUGUUUUGCUCUUUCUUUUUCUGUUUAGGAAAAAAAAAAAGCUUUCAUUUGCUUGUAUGAAUUAUGUUAUAAUAAAAGAUUACAUUUUUAACCAA